AUGAACAACUGGGACCCGAUGAAUUACCUGCACGAGGAGCCGACCCCGCAGUGCUUACUCAGGGUCAAGAAGGACAUCGCCGAAUUCAACGCGCAGCCACCACCAAGACUCUUCAUCUCGCCCGAGGAGAGCGAUGUCACCCAAGUCCACGUGCUGAUGGUGGGCGCGCCCGGUUCGUCGUACACAGGCGGUUUUUUCCAGUUCUUCGUCAAGUUCCCGCCUAACUACCCACUCAGCCCUCCCCGCGUACGGUUCCUUACCACGGACGAAGGCAGAGUUCGGUUCCACAUACACCUCUACAACUGCGGUAAGGUCUGCGUGAGCACUCUGGGCACUGGUGGUGGACCGUGUGACUGGAGCCCCGCCCAGUCAUUGUCGAGCACACUGGUCUCCAUCCAAUCGUUGGUGAGCGACAACGAGUACUCCGCCGACUACGUGAAGUACGAGACGAUGCGGGUGGCCGUGUGUGACCAAGUAGAAGCGGCUCUCAGAGAGGACAGUAAGUGCCCUUCAGCCUUCAGGAAGAUCAUACUGGAUUCGUUCCUCGAUUCGUACAGCAAGUACGAAGAUGCCGUCAAGGCGCGGCUCCCUCAGACGGGCUUAAAUGUGAAGGACCUGUUCACGUCCAGCAAGAACAGGACUGAUGAGUAUGAGAAGUUGCUGAUACAACUACAGAGACUCAAGGACAAGGUGCAGAAGAAGAAAGAGGCUGAUGCUGCUGCGGCAGCUGCUGCUGAGAACGCGAACAAGUAA